AGGGAUGAUUGAGAAAAAGUAGGCAAUAAAAGGCAAGUGUAGAGACAAUCGCAUUGAACACGUCCCAAGUUCUUUUUGGUUCUUUCUUUCUUCCCUCUUUUGUAGACUCUCUCUUCUCUCUCUGUCUCUAGAGUCACCGGAAUAAUCACUACAAACGACGCCAGUUUACUCCUUCCAAGAAAGAUUCAUGUUGGACCUCAACCUCGGAAUCUUGUCGACACAUAACGGAGAUGAAGACUGCAAAGUACCAACCUCCAUCUUCAAUCAAGAAGAAGAAGAAGAAGAUUCCAAUAAUCCCUCAAACAACAGCUUGUCUUUGAUUACAUUUGGAAUCCUUAAAAGAAAAGAAGACGUCCAAGUCCUUCCUAUGCCUCCUCCUCCUCAGGAGAGUGAAUUAUCCGGCGCCGGGAGUGAGUGGUUAAACCUGUCGUCGAUGCAACGAAAUAAACAAGAUAUGUUGGUGGUGAAGAAGAAGAGCCGACGUGGCCCUAGAUCCAGAAGCUCCCAUUAUCGUGGCGUCACUUUUUACCGUCGAACCGGUCGUUGGGAAUCUCAUAUUUGGGACUGUGGAAAACAGGUUUAUUUAGGUGGUUUCGACACAGCCUACACAGCCGCAAGAGAAAUAUAUAUUAGUUGGCUUAUUAAAAAACAUAUCAGAGCGUACGACCGAGCUGCUAUCAAAUUCCGGGGAUUCCAAGCAGAUAUCAACUUCAUUGCGGAUGAUUACAAACAGGACCUUGAGAAGAUGAAGAAUUUAAGUAAAGAAGAGUUUGUGCAAACUCUUAGACGAGCGAGUGCAAGCUUAGCAAGAGGAGGUUCUAAAUACAAAAAGAGUUACAUGAAAAAUGAUCACAUCCAUCUCUUCCAUAACAGGGAAUGGAAUGCCGCAGCAGCAAAAUGCAAUGAGAUAAGGAAGAUAGAAGGGGAUAUUAAGUUGGGUGCCCAUAAUAAAGGAAAUGAGCACAACGAUCUUGAGCUAAGUCUCGGAAUAUCUUCAACGUCCAAAAAUAUAACUUUGAAACCGGCAGAUUAUUACACGGGUUUGAAUCGAUCUAUGACGAGUUUGCAUAGGAAGGCGUUGCCCGUAUUUCUACCGAUCACAGAAACGAAACCGUUAAAGACAGUUGUAGCAUCAUCAGGAUUCCCUUUCAUUGCCAUGAUCAAUUCUUCAUCUUUGUCCACUUGUUUUGAUCCAUGAUGGUCACACUACUAUAUACUUAAUAUUCUCCCGUUUUUUUUUUUUUUUUAGUCUAUUGAAUUUACGGAAUGAUUAUGUGACUUAUUUCUUUUUAUAAAUAACAAAAAUCUAUACUCAAA